CUCGUGUUGCUUUGGCAACCACAAUGAAGCCAACCCGUUUGCUCAUUUUCUCACCUCUCAACCGCCUCGUUUCACUUUUCUACUACAGACGAGUUUUGCUCCCGCAGAGAUAUGAGGCACCCACGGUCAGUCUACUUGGUCGACAGCCACGCCGCCGCCGCCCCUCCGCUGCCGCCCCGAGCGGGCCGGGCCCGACGGUGCACUGGGCUGGCUCAGACGAUUCUCUUCAUGCUGGUGAGCGUGGCUCUGACCGGGCUCAUCCUGGAGGCGCUGCUCAUCUUCUACCUGCAUUCAAAUCAUUUCGAGCAGACGCCGUCAACGUCGCAUUCCAAGUUGACUGCAGAAAAAAAGGCAUCUCCCCACAUUUCCACUCAUCAUAGCUCUGUUUCCAAACCCCUCACACGGCUGUUGGAGAAAAAACGAUCUCCACAUACUUGCACUCCUGAUUCCAAACCGGUCGCACGCCUGAUUGGUGGCAAAGAUGCAACUCACGGCAAAAGCGUAGUUGGCUGGAGCCUUAUUUCGGGCAAUCUUCUCUGCGGCAUGGACUACAAGAACGGAAGUCUGCUGAUCCGCCGAGAAGGCUUCUACUUUGUCUACUCCAAAUUGUCCUUCCACAAAAGCGCCACCACCUUCCACCACACCGUCGUGAAGCGCACUCGCCGGCACCCCGGCGGCACUGUCCCCCUCUUGCAGGCCAGGGAAUUUUCUUCUGCAGACAAGAACAACGGCAACACUUUCCUCGGCGGGGUCUUUCACCUGCUCAAAGAUGACGCUCUGUUUGUCAAAGUCAGCGACACUUCCAAAAUAGUGCAGGUCAUCGCUCACGAGAACGUCUUUGGUGCAUUUAUGAUAUAAAUGGCGUCGUGUCAUGCUUAGGGUCAGCUGUUUCAGACGCUUUUAU